AACUAUAAAAAGACCAUCCUCGUUCCAAACCUUAUAUCUAAGAUCAUACCAGGUGGCCCAUUUCUCAUCAUCAUCAUCAUGUCUAAGCCAAGAUUGGAUGGUAAGGUGGCCAUAAUCACAGGUGCAGCCAGCGGGAUCGGUGAAGCCACUGCACGGCUAUUCGCUGAAAAUGGAGCGUUCAUCAUAAUCGCGGACGUCCAAGAUGAUCUGGGCCAUCAGGUCAUGGCAUCCAUAGGCCCAGAUAAGUCCUACUACAAACACUGCGAUGUAACGGAUGAGAAUCAGGUGCAGGAGACGGUGGGCCACACCUUCAAGAAGUACGGCCGCCUGGAUAUCGUGUUCAGCAACGCUGGUGUCUUGGGCACAACUGGCAGCAUUCUGGAGAUGGACAUGGGAGACGUGGACCGCACGAUGGCCGUCAACAUGCGUGGGGCCGCCGCCUUCAUAAAGCACGCGGCACGUGUGAUGGUGGCCAAUCAGAUACGUGGGUCGAUCAUAUGUACGGCUAGCAUCGCAGCGACCAUGGGUGGCACGGGCCCACACGCGUACACAAUCUCUAAGCAUGCACUACUGGGCUUGGUCCGAUCAGCUUCUAGCGAGCUAGGGAAGCAUGGGAUCAGGGUCAAUUGCAUCUCUCCAUUCGCCAUCCCUACUCGGAUGUCGUUCCAAGCGGACGGUUGGGAUCAGAAGUCAGAAGCGAUGAUACGGGCCAUGAGCAAUCUGCAAGGAAUUCUGUUGGAGGCAGGGCACGUGGCUGAGGCUGCUUUGUUCCUCGCGUCGGAUGAAUCGUGCUUCAUCAGCGGACACAACCUCGUUCUUGAUGGAGCGUUUUCGGUCGUUAAUCAUGACUUCUCGGUCUUUAAAUGAUACUUACCGGAAUAAAAAUGGGCCGUGAUCAUUUCUCCAUGUGUUUUUGGGCCCAAUAUAUAAGUGGGCUUGUUUGGAAA